AUGAGUAAUGCUGAUUCUUUUGGGCCUGGAAACUACUAUGGUGCGGCAACGCCUGUUGGGUCAAUGUUGAAUGUUCAGAAUUUGAAUUCAGUCAGCUCAACACCUAUAUCCAAGACCAACUCUCCCCUUAUAAGUAAUCAGUCGAAUAUGCACGGUGCACAACAAAGUGAACAUGUGAAGCCUCAACAACUUGAUCAAUUAGAAAAGAUAAAUUUCCGAACUCCACUAUCUUCAAGAGAGAAUAUCCUCCAUUCUCAUCAACCUAAUCAGUUUCAACAACAGCAGCAAUUAGUUCACCAGCAAUGUCAACAGAAGCAGCAGAAUCCGCAGCCCCAGCAGAUGUUAAACAAUGAUGCUUUUGGUCAGUCUCAAAUGACAUCUGAUCUCAGCAGUGCAAAGCGUGAUAUGGACCACCAUAAUGAAGCUAUGCACCAACAAGCUACAGAACCGUUUCGAUUAUCGGAGAUGCAUAACCAAUUCCAUCAGCACUCUGUUGAAGAUCGUUUCAGGAAUGCUCCGCAUAUCCCAUCUGGUCAACAUGAUAUCUCCUCUUUAUUGUCUCAAACUUCUCAGCAAAUGCAACAAAUAUUGCAGCCUCACCAAUUGGUUGCAGAGUCUCAAAAUGAUUUCAUAUCUCUCUCUGUUGGAGCUCAAUCAGAACCAGUACUGCAACGUCAAUGGCAUCCUCAAUUGCAAGAUGGGAGUCACAGACAGGCCAACAUGUCCCAUGAGCAGUGUGUCCAUGAAGAUUUCCGUCAGAGGAUAUCCGGGCAAGAUGAAGCUUAG